AUGCCCAGCAAAAUUGUUGUUCGACCUUCGGAGGAACGUGGAUGUGCAAAUCAUGGAUGGUUGGAUACUCAUCACACAUUUUCAUUUGCAAAUUAUUAUGAUCCAAAUUAUGAAGAAUUUGGAGCGUUACGUGUGAUCAAUGAAGAUAUUGUACAACCUCAAAAGGGUUUUGGAACCCAUUCUCAUCGUGAAUUUGAAAUUUUUUCAUACAUCAUUUCUGGUGAAUUAGAACACAAAGAUUCAAUGGGGAAUUUGGAGAUUCUUAAACGCGGUGACGUUCAAUUUACAACAGCCGGUACAGGGAUUUCCCAUUCGGAAUAUAAUGUUCAUAAAACACUUCCAGUUUAUUUCUUACAAAUCUGGGUAAAACCCGAUAAUCCAAAACUCUCCCCAGCAUAUCAUACAAAAAUGUUUUCCGACUCCGCUAAAGAAAAUAAUUUGGUCCAGAUUAUUUCUCCUGAUAAAAAACAAGUUCCGGAUACAAUUGGAAUUCACACCGAUUUUCAUAUGUAUGCCAGCUUAUUAGAUCAGGGAGUAAAGGUUACACAUAAAGUUCAAGGAAAUGCUAAUGAUAGAGAUAAUAAAAGGAAAUUAUAUAUUCAUGUUAUCGGAAAGGAGGGGAUGAAAGUUUUAAUUAAUGGAAAGAGUUUAUUGAAACAUGGAGAUGGUGCUUUUAUUACCGAAGUUGUUAGUGGUGAAGAAAUCAUUUUUGAAUCCGUUGGUAAUAGAACUGCUGAAUUCGUUCUUUUUGAUUUAGCCUAA